AUGAAGAUCUCCAACGCAUCGCUGCUCACACUGCUGCUCCCCGCGGCCAGUGCCCGGUUUGUAGAGCCUGGCGAGUCAGAUCGCGUGGUCCUGUACCCAAAUGGCAUCCCCAACGUCCCCAGGAGCACGCAAAAGUUUCACAUCGAGCUUGGACCGGGCGAAACAAGAUGGGUGACUGAAGACGAGAAGUGGGCGCUUCGCAGGGAGGGCAAGCGAUUCUUCGACAUCACCGACAACUCCGACCUCGACACCAUACGCGCUCGCAGCGGCUCAAUCAAGAAAUCUGUCUUUCCCGAGAAACCCACUCGGCAAGACGACGUGAAACCGCUGCUUAAGCAGCUGUCCAAGACCGAGCUCGAAGACCACCUCACAACCUUCAGCUCAUUCCAUACACGAUACUACAAGUCCGACUGGGGACGUCAGUCAAGCGAGUGGCUGCUAGCCCAAGUCCUGGACACCAUCAAGACGGCUGGUGCCGAGGACCGCGUGCGUGCCGAGCACUUCAAGCAUCCGUGGGGACAGCACAGCAUCAUCGCCACGAUCCCGGGCAAGACCAACUCGACCGUGGUGGUCGGGGCGCACCAGGACUCGAUCAACCUGUGGUUGCCGAGCGUGCUGCCUGCGCCAGGUGCUGAUGAUGACGGCAGCGGCACCGUGACCAUCCUGGAGGCGUUCCGUGUCCUCCUGCAGUCCGAGGACAUCGUCAAGGGGAAGCAUGAGAACACGCUCGAGUUCCAUUGGUACAGCGCCGAAGAAGGCGGUCUCCUCGGCAGCCAGGCCAUCUUUCACGAGUACGCGAAGCAAGCCCGCGAUGUCAAGGCCAUGCUGCAGCAGGACAUGACGGGCUUUGUGACGUUGACGCUUGAGGCGGGCCUGGCUGAGAGCGUAGGCGUCGUCGUCGAUCAUGUUGAUCCCAACCUGACCGAGUUUAUCAAGAAGGUGAUUGUCGCGUAUUGCGACAUCCCUUACAUCGAGACCAAAUGUGGAUACGCCUGCUCAGACCACGCCUCUGCGUCCAAGGCUGGGUAUCCUUCGGCGUUCGUUAUCGAGGCUCCCUUUGAGUACUCGGAUAACCACAUUCACAGCUCGGAUGAUGUGAUUAAGUACCUGUCGUUCGACCACAUGAUCCAGCACGCCCGCUUGACGUUAGCUUUUGCGUAUGAGUUGGCGUUUACCGAUUUCCCGAAGCUAGAGAAGCAGCAGGGCAACGACAUGGGUGAUCUCUAG